CAGAAGCAGGGGCAUGAGUUAGGAGGCUAAUCAAGUGAUAAACAUGAUGAUUCUCUGGACAGAAGUGGUGUCACUGGAGAUAUAGAUGCUUAGAAAGCCAAGUGGACAAAACUUGGUGAUGUAUUAGAUGUGGGAAAUCUUGGAGAAAGAUGAUGACCAAGUAACUUGAUGGAAGGUAGUGCCUUCAUUGGCUGGAGACCUCCAGAAGAGAUUCGCAGGAGAAAAUGAUGAAAUCAGUUUUUGGCCUAUUGAGUUUGAGGAGCCUAAGAGACAGUCAAGUGGAAAUGUCCCAUAGGUUGUUGGAUUUUGGCAUUUGGAGGUCUGGGAUCAGGUCCUGGCUGAAGUUUUGGGAAUCAUAUAGAUGGCGAAAAUGCCAAACAGGUAGGAUGACCAAGAGGGAGUGUAGAGUGAGGGAGAUUUUGCAAGGAGAGCAUCCUUAGGGGAAGGAAGACUAAAGCUUUAAUGCCGAAGAAGAAAGGACUUCUGAAGGGGCUGAUGUUUGGAUCCCAACUUGAGGGAAGGAAGAGCCUUGGGAAGCAUUUCCUUUCCAGGAGCCCCUUGAAGGACACAGGAAGACGCCGGAUGAGGACAACCCAGCUGAAGUGAGGCAUCCAGGAUAGAGCAUGGCUGUAGCCCUGCAAUCCCAGGCCCAGACCUCUCCCCCACCAGAGCUCGAUGAACUUCUGAUUGUGAAACUGGAGGAGGACACAUGGAGAUCAGAAUCCAGACCCCGGGAGAAGGAACAUGACCCUGUCUCUGGCCGUGAGGCCUCCCGCCAGCGCUUCAGGCAGUUCCAGUACAGGGAAGCAGCUGGACCCCACGAGGCCUUCAGCCAGCUCUGGGCACUCUGUUGUCGCUGGCUGAGGCCAGAGAUCCGCCUCAAAGAGCAGAUCCUGGAGCUGCUGGUGCUGGAGCAGUUCCUGACUAUCUUACCCCGGGAGGUCCAGGCCUGGGUGCAGGCGCGCCACCCUGAGAAUGGCGAGGAGGCGGUGGCCCUGGUGGAGGAUUGGCACCGAGAGGCCCGGGCUGCAGGACAGCGGGAAGUGGAGUUGCGUGCAGAGGAGACCAGGUCCUUAAAGAUAGUGCAUGAAUCUCCCGCGGAUCAUUGGCCUGAGGAACAGCCCCAGAGGCAGUGCAUGAAGAACCUUUGCCCCGACCUUCCCAAGCAUCUAGACACCAAGGUGGUGCCCCAGACCUUGAAAGAGAGUGCGGUCCUCACUCCCCGAGUCCCUACCCUCCCAAAGAUGGGGAGCGUUGGAGAUUGGGAGGUGACAGCUGCGUCCCAGGAAGCCCUGGGCCCUGGCAGACAUGCUGAGAAGGAGUUUCGCAAGGACUCCCCAGGAGACAACUGUGAGAACGGCAUGUCCCUGGGAGUUCCAGUUUCAAAACCAAAUAUCAUUUCCCAGCGAGAGCAAGGACCAGAAUUUUGGAGUCCAAGUCUUAUAAAUUCUGGAAAAAGGAACACUGUAGAUUACAGCCUGGAUAACGAGCAAACAAAACCAGGUCCAGCAUUGGCCUGGAGGGACUCAAGGGCCUGGGAAGAACAAUACCAAUGGGAUGUGGAAGACAUGAAAGUGUCAGGUGUGCACUGGAGCUAUGAGGAGACCAAGACUUUCCUGGCAAUUUUGAGUGAGUCUCCUUUCUCUGAAAAGCUCCGGACUUGUCACCAGAACCGCCAGGUGUACCGGGCCAUAGCAGAGCGGCUGAGGGCACGGGGCUUCCUGCGGACACUGGAGCAAUGUCGCUACAGGGUCAAAAACCUCCUACGAAAUUACCGGAAGGCCAAGAGCAGCCACCCACCGGGAACCUGUCCUUUCUACGAGGAGCUGGAGGCCCUGGUGAGGGCUCGGACAGCCAUCAGAGCCACAGAGGGUUCAGGAGAGGCUGUGGCAGUCCCCAGGCUGGGGGAUAGUGACGCAGAGGUGGAGGAGCAGGAGGAAGGGGGCUGGGGGCCCGAGGAAACAGCAGAAGACUGUAAUGGUGAUGAGCUGGCCACUGACGAGUCCGCCCAGGGGCCUAGGAUUCCAGGGGCCCCGGCUCUGUUCCACAGUCGUGUUGCAGGUGUGCACUGGGGCUAUGAGGAGACCAAGGCCUUCCUGACCAUUCUCAGUGAGUCCUCAUUCUCUGAAAAGCUUCGCACCUGUCACCAGAACAGUCAGGUGUACCGGGCCAUUGCAGAGCGGCUGUGUGCACAGGGCUUCUUGCGGACACUGGAGCAGUGUCGCUACAGAUUCAAAAACCUUCUUCGAAGCUACCGAAAAGCCAAGAGCAGCCACCCACCAGGAACAUGCCCCUUCUACGAGGAGCUGGACUCACUGGUUAGGGCUCGGACUGCGGUCAGAGCCAUGGGGACCAUCAGGGAGGCAGCAGGUCUCCCUAUGUCUGGGCAGAGCAGUACUGAAGCUGAUGACCAGGAGGCCUGGGAUGAGAUGGCAGAUGAAGAUUCCAUCAAACCUCCAACUCCAUGUCCUAAAACUCCAGACACUGGUUUUGAGAUGAGGCAUGAGGAUGAAGACCAGAGUUCAGAGCAGGAUAUUUUUGAGGAUUUGCCUGGAGCUUUAUCGAAAUGUACUACAGAAAUUGUUUGCCACCCUCAUGACUGGGGAGAAGACAGUGAAAAUGAAAAUGAAGGCAAAGGACAGUGGGAAAAUCCGUCACAGGAGCAGUGGGAAGAAUAUUCUUCUGAAGAGGAUUUAGAAAAACUUAUUGACCAUCAAGGCCUGUACCUUGCAGGGAAACCCUACAAGUGUGACACAUGUGUGAAAAGCUUCAGUCGGAGCUCUCACUUCAUUGCCCACCAGCGGACACACACAGGCGAGAGGCCCUACAAAUGUCUCAAAUGUGGGAAAAACUUUAGCGACCGCUCCAACCUCAAUACCCACCAGAGAAUUCACUCUGGAGAGAAGCCCUACAGAUGCCUCGAAUGUGAGAAAAGCUUUAGCGACCACUCAAAUCUUGUCACCCACCAGAGAAUCCACACAGGGGAAAAGCCGUAUAAAUGUGGGGAAUGUUGGAAAAGCUUCAACCAGAGCUCAAACCUUCUGAAACAUCAGAGGAUCCACUUAGGAGAAAAUCCUGACCACUGUAGUGAGCCUGGGGAAAACUUUGGCCAAAGCCCAUCCUUCAGUGCUCACUGGAGGAGCCUGACAGAGGCGACAUCUCCUGAACAACCUCAAAGUGCCAGUAAGAACUUGAAUUCAUCUGGACCACAUAGUACCAACUCAGGGGAGAAACUCUAUCAGUGUUCUGAAUGUGGAAGGACCUUUUCUAAGAGCUCUGCCCUCAUUAGUCACCAAAGAAUCCAUACGGGAGAGAAACCAUAUGAAUGUGCUGAAUGUGGGAAAAGCUUCAGUAAGAGCUCCACACUGGCUAACCACCAGCGAACCCACACUGGGGAAAAGCCAUAUAAGUGUACAGACUGUGGAAAAUGCUUCAGCGAGCGCUCCAAGCUCAUCACACAUCAGAGAGUGCACACAGGAGAGAAGCCCUACAAAUGCCUUGAGUGUGGAAAAUUCUUCCGUGACCGUUCUAACCUCAUUACUCACCAGAGGAUUCACACGGGAGAGAAGCCUUAUAAGUGCAGAGAAUGUGGGAAAUGCUUUAACCAGAGCUCCAGCCUCAUUAUUCACCAGAGAAUCCACACUGGGGAGAAACCCUACAAGUGCUUGGAGUGCGGCAAAGACUUCAACAAUAGCUCCCACUUCAGUGCCCACCGGAGAACGCAUGCAGGAGGAAAAACAUCAUAGGAGACAACUCCCUCCGUAACAAAAGAGAUAAACGUGUAUUUAAAUUUCCCAAGAUCAUAAGAUGUGUGGUAGAAACAUUCCCAGUUUUUAAGUUUGGUGUAUACCCAGGGAAGUUAUCUUGAUAUAAUCCAGGUCAUUUGGAAGUGAAUUACAAAUGCUAAGGAUCCAGACUUGAAGGCACUUUUCUUAAGUGUAAUUUGUUUUUCUCCUGUAAAAAACACUUUCAGUCCUCAGGCUAUCCUUACAUUUGCUGUCAUUUAAGGGCUUUAUUAGUGUUUGAGCCAAUCUGGCAAUUUAGGGUAUUAGAGGCAAAUCAGUGGUCCUGAGUAGUGAGUGAUUUCAAACCUUGCUCUGCCUUCACACUGUCCACACGUACACGCACCCCAUUGGCAUACAUUGCAAAUUCUCCCACAUGGCAGUUUCCAGUUGAGGCGUAUCUUCACAGGAGAACUUUGAAACACUGGUGAGAGAAUGGCAUAACUGAGAAUUAGUGGCUUAGAGCAGGCCACUGUGAGCUCAGCAAAAAGUAGGAAUAAAUGACGUUUUACUAAACUGUUAUUGUUAAUAAUAGCAAAAAUAGCCAGUAUUGAACAUUUACUCUUCGGUAGGCUCUGUGCUAAGCAGUGUUUACACAUCAUCUCAUUUAAUCCUCACAGCAGCCUCAGGAGGUAGGUACUAAUAUUCUUCCCAUUUCCCAGAAGAGAAGCGAGGCUUGGGAAGCUUAAGUAACUCGCUUGGGUCACACAUCUGAAAAUGGCAGAGGCAAGAUUCAACCAGAUCUGUCUCUCCAGAGCCUGAGGUGCUCUUACUGCCAUACUGAAUCCCUUUUCACAUUAGGGUAGGUAACUCAAAACACUUUGUAGACCAAAUUUCCUGUUAAAAUUCCUUUAUAAAUUCUCCUUUUAAGAAAUAUGGAAACCUAGAAUACCUAAAGAUUAAAAGUCUUGAGAUAUUCUGAGCUCACAGUGUCCUUUGAGCAAGGAUGAGCAAUUACCAAAGCACUUGAUGUGAAUUUCCAUCGUUAUGAUAAUAUGUGUGAGAGAUCUAGGUAGGUGCAGAUAGGGAAAAAUAUAUAGCCAAAAUGUUUCUUCCAAUGAGCUACUGCUUUGGUUAAGGAAAGGGAGUCUAAGAAUUUCCCUUUUCUCAGGGAGUCAGCUCUGCUUCUUGUGACCCUUGGCUGGAUUGUAAGUAAAUUAAACCCUACAGAAACAUGGGCUUCCUCCCCAGUGUUCACUCAUCCCUGUGUUUUUGCCUCCCUGGCUCUUGCCCUCUUGGCACGGCAGAAGCUUUGUUUCUGAUCCCCAUGCCAAGACUGAGGUGGAAGGGAGAUGGAAGGAGUUGGUUUGUGUGUGGGACGUUACUGAGAGGAUCUUGAAUACGGUUCUACCUUCCAAGUUCAUGGCACAGUUUUAUCCUAAGCCAUCUUGUCCCAGGCUUACCCCAUGCUCUCUAAAUGUUGGCCAUUAAGACCAGCCUCCCACACAGACUAAAGGUUCACACAGAAUGCUUUUCUUAUUUUCAGCAUUUUGGUGUCCAGAGUUUCUCCUUAGGAGGGUCUAAAAAUGUUGACUGGGGACUUUGGUUUCCAUAGGAUUUUAAAGAAACAUCCCUCUUCUGAAUCUGCCUAUGACAUUGAGAUGACAUUCAUACCCUGGUUAUUUCGUGGACUUGGGAAGUACCUAUCAGUGAAUGUGAUGGAACCUUUAAGAACAGAGCUCUCUUUCUGGUCUCAUGAGAAGUCAGUGGAGAGGAAAUUUGCACUCCCUUUCAGUGGAGCUCCUUAACAUCUUCCUAUGCUACCCAAGAACCAGCUCACCUGGGAUCACUGCCUCUCGACUUCUUCCCAGCUUACCUUUUUUGGCUCACAUUAUCUCUGAGGGGCAGGGGUCGUGGGUGAGCCUUGGACUAGGACCAGUGGGUUGCUGGUAACUGCAGUAAUUAGAUGAAACAGGGAACCGUGUGAGCUGAGAGGAAGGAUCCCAUAAAAGGGUAUAAGGGUUUCAGGGGAAGCACAGUGUUGUGAAGUAGUAUGGACUCAAGGUGGGGCUGAGGACCUUAGCUUCCUAGCACUGUUGGGGUAUAAAAUGGGAGGAAGGGAGUAGCGGGAGCUGAGAUUGGAGGGGUGCUGAGGCAGGGUCAUGGAGGACCUCAUGUCUCAGUGGAGCUUGGACACCAGGCCGAGGGUGACAUGGUCAGAGGUGAUUUGUCAAAAUCUGCUGAAUGGAACUUGGAUAUGCUGCAGUUAGGACGAUUUCUUGGGACACUAUUGUGAUAUUCCAUUUAAAAGGGAAGGUCCGAACUAAAGCAGUGGUUACACUGAAAAGAAGGGGAUGGAUUUGAGAGGUUUCAGAGGCUGAAUUGAAGACAGCAGAGGAAAGAUAGAAGAACUUGGGUGACAGGGUAGAGUGUGUCAUUGUUCACAGUAGGGAACACGAGGAGAUGCAGUUGGGGCAAGAGGGCAGAAGGUUGUAAGUUUGGGUUGGGUGGGACAUUUUGUACUUGACGUGUCUUAGGGACAUCUGAGUGUGAAUAUGCAAAAGGCAUUUGGAUGUCUGGGCCAGAAGCUAGGGGGAGAAGAUAGGACUAGAGAGUUAUCUGUGUAUGCAUGGUAAUCAAAUUCAUGAGAAAGAAAGUAUGUUCAAGUCAGAAGUAUUGGGCGUAGGACAGAAUUUGAAAAGCACCAAGUAUAGAGGAAGAGCCCUCUCAAAGGAGAUCUAGACCACUGUCCACUCCCACCUCCUUCCACUCACUUCUAUCUUUUGGACACUGCCUCUGUCACUGACGACACCUGAAUUCUCAGUGUAGUCCUGCAUCUUCUGGAACCUUCACUGUGGAAGCCAUGCUGAGCUCUGCAUAGAAUUGAGAUGGUAGCUUCUUUACCUCGAGUGUCACCUCUUGCCCUGCUCUUGGAAGUGUGGUUGUGUCUCAUGUUUCCAGAGGUCAGUUUUGACGUUUAUUACCUAUCUCUCCUCUCUCUUAACUCAACUGUAGGUGCAGCCAUGAAAGAGGGCAGCGUGGGCCAGGAGAGAAAACUUGGCCCAGGUGGACCCGCCCUCUCUGUUUACAUGAGUCUACCUUUGGAAGAAGUCUCUUUCAGGUGGCUUUCGUGUUUGGAGCCCUACCCAUCACUUUGCCAGGGUGCUCAGACAUCCUCCAGCAGGUCUCUGCUGCUUGAAUAAACUGACAUUGGUUUUAUACAUCCUGAGCUUCA